GCUAUCUUCUGGGGAGUGAGGAUUAUUAUUCUCAUGACCGUUGUGUCCUCAUCAAAGCAAAGAACGUAACGCGCUGUGCUUUGGACUUCCGAGAUGGAGAAGAAGUUGCAACAAGAUUUAAAAACAUGUACUCUACUAAUUUAUUCACAGAAAGAGCUAUACACCUUAUAGCCAAUCAUAAAACUGAGAAGCCCCUCUUUCUCUACCUUGCUUUUCAGUCUGUCCAUGAUCCUCUUGAGGUCCCUGAAGAAUACAUGAAACCAUAUUCCUCCAUUAAAGAUGUAAAGAGGCGCCAUUAUGCGGCAAUGGUGACUCUUAUGGAUGAAGCUGUAGGAAAUCUUACUGAUGCUCUAAAAAGAUAUGGUCUUUGGGACAACACAGUUCUUGUUUUCUCCACUGAUAAUGGAGGACAGACUUUGGCAGGUGGGAAUAACUGGCCACUGAGAGGAAGAAAAUGGACUCUCUGGGAAGGAGGAGUGAGAGGAGUAGGCUUUGUUGCAAGUCCUUUACUGAAACAAAAAGGUGUAGAAAGUCAUGAACUCAUCCAUAUCUCUGACUGGCUGCCAACACUUGUGCACCUAGCUGGAGGACAUACCAAUGGCACUAAGCCUUUGGAUGGCUUUGAUGUUUGGAAAACUAUCAGUGAAGGAACACCUUCCCCCAGAGUGGAACUGCUGCAUAACAUAGACCCCCUGUUUGUGGAUGACUUCCCAUGUCUUGGCAUUGACAACAGGACAUCUUUACCACAGAGCAGUUCUUCUCCAUGGGAUGAUACACUUUUCAAUAUAUCCAUGCAUGCAGCAAUCCGACAUGGAAAAUGGAAGUUACUAACUGGAUAUCCAGGCUGCAGUCAUUGGUUCCCUCCACCAUCUUUGUUCAGUGAGUCAAAGAUUCAAUCAUCUGAUCCACCAACAAAGAGACUUUGGCUAUUUGAUAUUGUUCGCGAUCCUGAAGAGAAAAAUGAUUUGUCUGAAAAACACCCUCAUGUGGUGGAAAAACUGCUCUCACGGCUUCAGCAUUAUUACAAACAUUCAGUGCCCGUGUUCUACCCUGAUGAGGAUCCCCACUGUGAUCCAGCAGCAACUGGGGCUUGGGGUCCUUGGGCAUAG